AUGGCACAUGGCAAGUACCGGUCCGCCUUUGCCUUUGGGCUCUUGUACCUUCUCCUGUCUUUCCGUCGCUCUUCCCAGGGUGACUCUUACUUGCUCUUUGAGAUGUCGCUCAGUGGACAAAAUGCCUUCAGGCUUGUGGCUGCCUGCUUUGGCCAGCUGGGGGUUGGUGCAGUGGCGAAGUUGCUGGAUGCCCGAAGAACCAAGCACCUGCAGUUGACAAUCCAGGCCCUGCAGGAUGAGCUGCGGACCCAGAGAGACCUCAACCACCUCCUGCAGCAGGAGAGCGGCAGCCGAGGAGCCGAGCACUUCACCAUCGAGCUGACCGAGGAGAACUUCCGGCGGCUCCAGGCCGAGCACGACAGACAGGCCAAGGAGCUGUUCCUUCUGAGGAAGACCCUGGAGGAGAUGGAGCUGAGAAUUGAAACGCAGAAACAGACCCUCAAUGCCCGAGACGAGUCGAUUAAAAAGCUGCUCGAGAUGUUGCAAAGCAAAGGCUUGCCGUCCAAAAGCUUCGAGGACGACAACGAACGGACGCGGCGCAUGGCGGAGGCUGAGUCUCAGGUCAGCCACUUAGAAGUGAUUUUAGACCAGAAGGAGAAGGAAAACAUACACCUUAGAGAGGAAUUGCACCGAAGGAGCCAACUUCAGUCGGAGCCGGCCAAGACGAAGGCUCUCCAGACUGUCAUUGAAAUGAAGGACACAAAAAUCGCUUCAUUGGAGCGAAACAUAAGGGAUCUCGAGGAUGAAAUCCAGAUGUUAAAAGCCAAUGGUGUUUUGAACACUGAGGACCGUGAGGAGGAGAUCAAACAAAUAGAGGUUUACAAAAGUCACUCCAAGUUCAUGAAAACCAAGAUCGACCAGCUGAAGCAGGAACUUUCAAAGAAGGAGUCAGAACUUCUUGCCUUACAAACAAAGCUUGAAACCCUUAGCAAUCAAAAUUCAGAUUGCAAACAACACAUCGAAGUACUUAAAGAGUCACUUACUGCCAAAGAGCAGAGGGCCGCCAUCCUUCAGACGGAGGUAGAUGCGCUGCGGUUACGACUGGAAGAGAAGGAAUCUUUUCUCAAUAAAAAAACAAAACAGCUGCAGGACCUCACUGAAGAGAAGGGGACACUGGCUGGAGAGAUUCGUGACAUAAAGGAUAUGUUAGAAGUAAAAGAAAGAAAGAUCAAUGUUCUCCAGAAAAAGAUUGAAAACCUGCAGGAACAGCUUAGGGAUAAAGACAAGCAGCUAACCAACCUGAAGGACAGAGUGAAGUCCCUGCAGACGGACUCCAGCAAUACUGAUACUGCGUUAGCAACGCUUGAGGAGGCUUUGUCAGAGAAGGAGAGAAUAAUUGAGCGUUUGAAAGAACAGCGGGAGCGAGAUGAUCGGGAAAGACUAGAAGAGAUAGAAUCCUUCCGCAAAGAGAACAAAGACCUGAAAGAGAAGGUCAAUGCUUUACAAGCUGAACUGACCGAAAAAGAGUCUAGUUUAAUUGACCUCAAGGAACAUGCAUCUUCAUUAGCCUCAGCAGGGCUGAAAAGGGACUCCAAAUUAAAAUCACUAGAAAUAGCCAUUGAACAGAAGAAAGAAGAAUGUAGCAAAUUAGAAGCCCAGUUAAAAAAGCAAGCUGAGCAGUUGUUCAAUCAGAUGUACAACCCAGCUCAUAACAUUGAAGAUGACUCCAGGAUGAACCCCGAGUUCGCAGACCGAAUAAAACAGCUUGAUAAGGAGGCGUCUUAUUACCGCGACGAGUGCGGGAAGGCGCAAGCGGAGGUGGACCGGCUGCUGGACAUCCUCAAGGAGGUGGAACACGAGAAGAACGACAAGGACAAGAAGAUCGCCGAGCUCGAGAGCUUGACGCUCAGGCAUAUGAAGGAUCAGAAUAAGAAGGUGGCCAACCUCAAGCACAAUCAGCAGCUGGAAAAGAAGAAGAACGCCCAGUUACUGGAGGAAGUCCGCAGGCGGGAGGACAGCCUGGCUGAGAGCGCGCAGCACGGGCAGAUAGAGGAACUGAUGGCCGCCCUGGAGAAGAGCAGGCAGGAGCUGGACGCCACCAAGGCGCGCCUCGCCUCCACACAGCAGUCCCUGGCGGAAAAGGAGACUCACUUGGCCAACCUCCGGGUGGAGAGGAGAAAGCAGCUGGAGGAGAUCUUGGAGAUGAAGUGA